CUAGCGGAGAAGAGGCGAAUGAGGGUGAAGUUACCAUGUUUGUGGAUCUGCACGACACCAAAACUUGGGAUGAUAUUCAGCUCAAAGAUUGAAUUGUGCAACCAGUUAACCAGAUGUGUGCUGCAGCCAUGAAUUAUUUGCGCCGGCGCCUCUCGGACAGCACGUUCAUCUCCAACCUGCCCAAUGGCUACAUGACAGACCUCCAGAGGCCUGACAAUGCUCAGCCUCCUCCACCUGCCUCCACCACCCCUGCCAAGUCUCCUACAACCGGGCCUACACCUCCAGCCACUUCCCCUGCUCCAGAGAGGAAACCCCAGUCAUCUCAGUCCUCCGGAGCGGGCUUCUUCAGCUCCAUCACCAACGUUGUUAAGCAGACAGCUGCCUCAGCAGGGCUAGUGGAGCAGACCCAAGUCACGACACCCAAGAAGUUCAAGAUUCUCCUUGUGAUUGAUGAACCACAGCAGGAGUGGGCGAAAUUAUUCCGGGGGAAGAAACUACAUGGGGAUUAUGACAUCAAAGUGGAGCAGGCUGAAUUCAAUGAGAUCAACGUGGUGGCUCAUGCUAAUGGCACCUGCAACGUUAACAUGCAGGUUCUCAGAAAUGGCACCAAGGUUAUCAGGUCAUUCAAGCCCGACUUCGUCCUCAUUCGUCAACAUGCCUUCAGUAUGACCCAGAAUGAAGAUUUUCGCAACCUCAUCAUCGGUCUGCAGUACGGAGGGGUCCCAUGCAUCAACUCGCUGGAGUCCAUCUACAACCUGUGUGACAAGCCAUGGGCGUUUGCCCAACUUAUCAACACCCACAGGAAGCUGGGUGCUGAGAAGUUCCCUCUGAUUGAGCAGACCUUUUAUCCAAACUACAAGGAGAUGGUAAGCAUGCCAUCGUUUCCUGUUGUUGUGAAGAUUGGACACGCCCACUCUGGUAUUGGAAAGGUGAAGGUGGAUAAUCACAGUAAGUUCCAGGACAUAGCCAGCGUUGUGGCUCUCACCCAGACGUACACCACCACAGAACCUCUCAUCGACUCCAAGUACGACAUCAGAAUCCAGAAGAUCGGCACUGACUACAAAGCCUACAUGAGGACAUCUAUAUCUGGUAACUGGAAGACCAAUACUGGCUCAGCUAUGCUUGAGCAGGUGGCCAUGACUGAUAGGUACAAGCUGUGGGUUGACACCUGCUCAGAGAUUUUCGGGGGUCUGGAAAUUUGUGCAGUCAAAGCUAUCCAUGGGAAAGAUGGCAGAGAUUUCAUCACCGAGGUGGUGGGCUCUGCCAUGCCCCUGGUGGGUGAGCACCAGGCCGAGGACAGGCAGCUUAUCGCUGACAUGGUGCUGGCAAAAAUGAACCAGGCAGCAGAGAACGAAGCUAACGCUCCCCAGAGACCCACCACCAUACAGCCAUCCCAGGGAACUGGCCAGAAGGGAGAGCUUGUAGGUGAACCCACUAAAAACAGUGCCGGGCGCCCGCCUCAAGCUGGUCUGAGAGAUACAUCUCUUCUCCACACUGCCAGUGAGGACACAGUGAAUGCUGAGACCAUCCACAGUUUGAGGAAGUCCUUUGGAAGUCUGUUCUCUGACUAAAGAAGCUUCAUGUUUAACCUACAUAAUCCCCACUCACCUGCAUGUUAGCUUAUACAGGAAGUAGUGACAAUCGUAGUGUAUAUUAGGUGUUCUGUCAAUGAAAUGAUAUUAACGAAGCUGUAAGGUCUUUAGAAUUAAGAUGUAUCCCCACCUCAAGUAUAAUGAUUGGUAUUUUUGACUUGUGAUUGUAUUGCUUACCAGAAAUGUAUUUUUAUAGUUGUAUAGUGUGUGGUACUCACCUUUUGAACAGCUAGUGAUUAUCAUUAGUAAAUACUGUGGUCUUAAUAGUGAUUGUAUUGAUUAAUUUUUAUGAUAUUGCUAAUAACUUGUACUUAAGACACACAGUUGUGAUUUUACAGGACCUAUAUUAUAUGUUUAUUU